CAUGGGUCAUUGCGAUUGAGCCUCAUGAAGUUUGGUAUAAAAGCCUGGGGAAUGCAGCAGAGAAGCAUCCUCCUUCCUUUGGUGGUUCAAGCAACAAUAUACCGAAGAAGAAAAGUACACGUACGGCAACGAAGAUGAUGAAGCUCUUGGUGUUGGCCAUCUCGGCCUUUUGCCUUACCCAGGCAAUGGUAAUGGAGACUCACACUGCUGACAUGGACUUCCUCCACAAGCAGAAGAAAAUCUACGACCUCUUCAUGUACGUCGACCAGACUGAUCUUCAUGAAGCCGAAUGGUACGAAACCGGCCGCAAUUACGACAUUUUCCAACACAUCGAGGACUACCAAGACCAGAUGAUCGUCCGCGAAUUCAUGUACAGAUUCAAGUUGGGUAUGCUCAGCCGCAAAUCCCUCUUCUCGGUCUACUACAAGGAACAUCGUGAAGAACUUCGCGCCCUGUUCAAGCUCUUCUACACCGCUAAGGACUUUGAAACCUUCUACAAGACUGCCUGUUGGUGCCGCCACUACAUCAACCACGGAAUGUUCGUCACCGCUCUUACAACCGCUGUUAUGUACCGUCCCGACUGCAAAUACAUCGUAUUGCCACCUAUGUACGAAGUCUACCCACACCUAUUCUUCGACAACGAAUUCAUCCAGGAAGCACACCGUUACUACAUGAGCUAUGGCAUGAAGAAAACCGGCGGUGAAGGUCACUUCUUCGACUACUUCCUGAUCGACAGAAACGCAACCAACCAAUUCAUGAAAUACUACAUGGACAAAGAAUACCACCUAUCAUACUUCACCGACGAUGUAGGCCUUAACAACUACUACUACUACAUCCGCAACCUGUUCCCCUUCUGGAUCACCCUGAGCGACCUGGACAUGCCAAAACACAUCCGUGGAGAACUUUACUACUACGUCCACCAACAGCUGAUGGCCCGCUACUACCUGGAACGUCUGAGCAACGGUAUGGGUGAGAUCGAAGACUUCGACUUCUACCAAUCCUUCGCCCCCGGCUACUUCUCCAACCUGGUCUACGGAAACGGAGUCCCAAUGCCCAGCCGCGACCGCUACAGCAAAACUCCCUACUACAAAUACCCAUUCGUAAACGAAGCUGAGAACAUCGAGUCCCGCAUCUUGGCCGCUAUCGACAGCGGAUUCAUCUACGACCACGAAGGCAAGCAAUACGGUCUCUACACCCCAGAGGGCUUCAACUACCUCGGCAACUUAAUCGAAGGCAACUACGACUCCUGCAACACCCGCUUCUACGGCGCCAUCGACGCUCUCUACCGCGACAUCUUCGGCUUCAGCUACGACUGCAAGCACAAGAACUGCUUCGUCCCCAGCGCUCUCCAAAUCUACAGCACCAGUCUCCGCGACCCAGCCUUCUACCGCCUCUACAAGAGAAUCCUCAGCUACUUCUUCAGAUACAAAUGCCACCUCCCAUCCUACACCCGCUCAGAGCUCGAAUUCCCAGGCAUCAAGAUUGAAGACGUCAAGGUUGACAAACUUGUCACCUUCAUGGAACCCUACGAAUACUUCAUCAACAACGCUGUCACUGUUGACACCUUCAAGGAUGGCAUGAGCUUCAACAUCAAGGCCAAGAAAUACCGUCUUAACUACAAACCCUUCACCUACCACAUUGAUGUUAAGAGCGACAAGAACACCAAGGGUAUGGUUCGCAUCUUCUUGGGACCAUCCAUGGACGAGUACUACUUCAAGGAACCAAACUACAUGUUCUACAACUGGUACAACUUUGUUGAGCUUGACAAAUUCUACUUCGACUUCAAGGUUGGCAUGAACACAAUCGAACGCUACAGCUCUGAAUCAGUGUACACUGCCAAGGACUUCAUGGGAUCCGACUACUUCUACAAGAAAUUGUACAAAUCAAUUGAAGGAAGCGAACCAUUCACCUACAGCGAGAAAGUCUACGGAUUCCCCAACAACUUGUACCUUCCUAAGGGAGCCGUUGGCGGUAUGCCAUUCAAACUGUACGUGUUCAUCUAUCCAUUCGAAGAGAGCAAGACCACCUUCUUUGACUUCCCAAUGUUCGGCAAGAUGAUGUACGACGGCAAGCCAUUUGGAUUCCCAUUGGACAAACCAAUGAAACCAUGGUUCUUCGAUCUCAACAACAUGUUCUUCAAGGACGUCUACAUCCACUACGACAAGGAUUACAGCGACUACCACUACUACCACAAGUAUGACAACAUGUACUCAAAGCACAUGGACUACAUGAAGUACACUGAUGGAUACAAGCACUUCGACAAAUACAUGUACAAAGACUUCCCAGCGGGAUACGAUUUCCCCAAGGACUAUGAACACUACAAGGGAUUUGAGUACCAAAAGGGAUUUGAGUACCCAAAGGGCUUUGAGUACCCAAAGGGCUUCGAACACCACAAAGAAUUCGAAUACCCAAAAGGUUUUGAAUACCCAAAAGGCUUUGAAUACCCAAAGGGCUUUGAACACCACAAAGGAUUCGAAUACCCAAAGGGCUUUGAACACCACAAAGGAUUCGAAUACCCAAAAGGCUUUGAACACCACAAGGGAUUCGAGUACCCAAAGGGCUUCGAACACUACAAGGACUACGAACACCAUGACAGCAAUCCAUACCACUACAAAGAACACGGUAAAAUGUACUAAAUUUAUGCUUUCGGUUUAUUAUGACGACUGUUAGUUUUUGGUUUGUGCUAGGAUCUAUCAUUAUUCGUUACUGUUUUGUAUAAUUUUUAUAAUUAAAUACAUUUGUAAUUGUAAUAUUGAUUUUUGCCUAUAAAUAAAAAUAUAUAUUUGAAUUAUAAUU